UAUGAUUUUGAAUGUGAACUCAAUUGAUGAUUUGAUCAUAUCGUUCAAACAUAAACAGUCAGAAGAUAAAAAAGAUGACUUAAGCCAAAUACAAACAGUAUGGAAAAUCCUGGAAAGUUUUGUAUCUGAAGAAAAAAUAAAACAGAUUGGGAUUGCCGAUAUUGAAGAAAAUACCUUCAGAGCUCUUCAUGAAUGGGCUCAAGUGAAACCCACGAUCAUACAAAUAAAUCUUGCGAGUUGUUGUGUGGUCCCACCAACACUGCAAACUUUCUGCAAAGAAAACAAUAUUAAACUAUUAACACACAGCGAUCCAAGUGAUAUUCUUCCAAAGUCUUCGGUGGAGGGCAUAUUUGGAAAACCACUGGUUCUGAAAUGGGCCUUGAGGUAUUUGAUUCAUGUGAAAUGCAGAGGAGUAUUAACUACAAAGGGUUAUUUAUUGAAUUUCAUGAAAGGAUAAAACAUUAGGAUAAGUUUGAUGUGUAAUAUUUUAUGUUAUUUUAUUCUGGAUUUACUAUAUUUAUACAUAUGCACUUGCCAUUCCAUUUUUUAAAAGAAAAUCAGAUUUUUGUUAAGAGAAAGAAACAUUUUGAAGAAUGGUGCAAUAAACAUAUUUUGAUACUGUAUUCGAUAUAGGAACCUUGGUUGUGAUAUGAAUUAUAGUUAACUGACAAAAAGUUAAUAAAAUUAUUUUAUUGAGUGAUUAA